CUGAGAUUCAGUCAGAAGUCUUCUUCUUCUACAUCCAACUACAUCCAAGGGAAAAGAAACAGAAAUAGAGGAUUUUCCAGAGACAAGACAAACAGAUGGGUGUUCAAAAAUGCAUAAAUGGGUUGCUGUUGAUUUAUUUUCUAUUCAUGGUGAUUGUGACUCCACUGAUUGAUGUAGGUCAUAUACUCACAUGGUAUGCUACUAACAAAAUUGGCGAUGCCACUUCGAGUAAUAAGAUACCUCAUUUUGCCGUUGUUUUCAUCUUGUUUGAACACCUCCUGGUGUGGCCUCUCUGUAUUGCCAAUUUCUAUGGAAUCUUCAAAGCUAAAUCAUGGGUGAAAAAGACUUGCUUGAUCUAUGGUGUCGGUGCUACUACAGCCAUGGCUGCAAUUCUUUCAGAAAUUAUCAGGUCUUCAGGGGCUUCGUCUGCACUAUCCAGCAUUUAUGUACCUUUCCUGGGUUUUGCUCUAAUUUCAACCCUUAAUGGUCUAGUUCCGCACCAUUAAUGUCUUGUAAACCUCUUGUUAUGAAAUAAAGGAACUACAAAUCCACUCGCAGUACCAA